AUUUGUUUUGGCAAGAUGAUGACAGAUACCUCACAGCAGGAGACCAUGGACAGUGUAGACACUGUGGAGAGUGUCGAUACUGGGGAUCAGCCCUUGCCCUCCUCCACUUCUGACGCUGUGACACAGUAUUAUUUGAAGCCCCCCCGAUGGUCUCACGCUGUGCAGGUUAACCUGAAGCCCAAGAUGGUCAGCGUGGGCACACAGACGUCUUUCAGCCCACAAACCUCCACUCCCCUCGCUAGUCCUGAACAGACAGAUGAUGAAGAUGAUGAUAAUGCCUCUGUCGUUAGUGACUUAUCGUGGGUGCCCGAAGAGCCGAUGCAUGAGGAGGACUUGUUUGAUGAGGAGCCACCUUACGCGUGUGACCCCCACCACAAUGGCAUUGACAAAUUCAUUGUUUGCCAAGAGGAGCUGAUGGGCCUUUUUGCCAUCUGUCCGGCCUGUUGUGAGAGGUCAAAUAGUAGCAUCGUGCAGCAGGAAGGAACUUUUGUUAAGAUCAAGCAGGUCUGUGCAUCAUGUGGCUACCACCGUUUCUGGCAAAACCAACCAAUGCUCCACAGGAACAUGCCGACCUGCAACCUCCUGUUAAGUGGGGCCAUUCAUUUCACUGGAUGUUUGGCCACCCAGACAUUAAGAAUGCUGACUCUGUUUGGCCUGCAGUGCAUCAGUGCGAGCAGUUUCUUUCGCCAUCAGCGCCGCUACACUAUCCCUGUAAUCGUUCAGGCCUGGCAAAACGAUCAAGCAAAGAAUUUUAGCGACCUACGGGCAAUGGAUGGCGGGCUAGUUCUUGCUGGUGACUGCAGGUCAGAUUCUCCUGGGCACUGCGCGAAGUAUGGAUCCUACUCUCUGAUAGAGGACAGAGUGAACAAGGUGGUGGAUGUUCAGCUUGUUCAGGUAAACCUGAUGUUAUUAGACAAAGAAAUGAACUCUGCAAUUUGGUAAACUGAUGGUAUCUUAAUAUAACAUCUUUCCACUAGUACAACGAUGCAUAGAGCUUUAUUGUGUAUUGCCUAACUAGAGUACAGUGUAUCAUAAUACCUGGACCAGCAAUGCGUCGGUUCAUCCACGCCUCCUUCAACAACACCAGCAUUCUACACUUACACUGUUAUGUCAUGUUGCACAGCUCAGAGGUCCCCAACAGCUCAUGGUGUGAGCUUGAAGGGCUCAAGCGCAGUG